AUGCGAGCAAAGCGCCAAAACACUCAGCCCCUCGAGGAUGCCUCCGUGGCCCCAGACACCUUCACAGAUGGCCUCCCACUCCCAAAGUUGAUUGCUUUUGAUCUGGACUACACUCUGUGGCCAUUCUGGGUCGACACACAUGUCAGUGCCCCUGUAAAAUCACGCGAUAACAACUCUCGAGUCGUGGACCGAUGGAACGAGUCGUUCGCCUUCUACCCCGCAGUCUCGUCGAUUGUGCACGCUUGCAAGCACCGAUCGAUUCCUCUUGCGCUUGCUUCGCGAACAUCUGCCCCUGAUCUUGCGCGCGACAUGCUCAAAUCCCUCCAUAUCAUCCCUACCUUCUCUGAUAACCCUGCCGCCAACGCGAAGACCAUACGCGCCUUGGACUACUUCGAUCAUAUCCAGAUCUACCCCGGCAACAAGACUUCACACUUUGCCAAGAUUCAUCAGACGAGUGAGAUUGCCUAUGAAGAUAUGCUGUUCUUCGAUGACGAGGCGCGCAACCGGAAUGUGGAAACUGAGUUGGGGGUCACCUUCUGCUUGGUGCGGGACGGUAUGACCCGGGAAGAGGUUGAUCGAGGCGUCAAGGCUUGGAGGAAGAGAAAUGGUAUCAAGCGGGAGACCGAGGAAUGA